CCUUGGUAGCGCUUGACGUAAGUGUCCCUUGCCCUGCCCCUGCUCGUCGGGCUGCUGAUCUGAGGGAAACCCCGUGGAUCGCGGAGCUAGUCUGACAGAGCCAGAGUCAGCUGUGUGGCCAGCGCGAGGAGUCCUGCCGUCGCACGCACAGUACUGAGCAGCCAUGGAUAAGAGCGAGCUGGUGCAGAAGGCCAAACUGGCAGAGCAGGCGGAGCGCUAUGACGACAUGGCGGCCGCCAUGAAGGCGGUGACAGAACAGGGGGGUGAGCUGUCCAACGAGGAGCGCAACCUACUCUCUGUGGCCUACAAGAACGUGGUGGGAGCCCGUCGCUCUUCCUGGAGGGUCGUCUCCAGCAUCGAGCAGAAGACCGAAGCCAACGAGAAGAAGCAGCAGAUGACCAAGGAGUACCGGGAAAAGAUUGAGAAGGAGCUCAAGGAUAUUUGCGAGGAUGUCCUGGUUCUCCUGGACAAAUUUCUCAUCCCCAAAGCAAGCCCUGCUGAGAGUAAAGUCUUCUACUUGAAAAUGAAGGGAGACUACUUCCGCUACUUGGCAGAGGUGGCCGUGGGAGCAGAGAAGAAGACCAUCAUCUCCAGCUCCCAGGAAGCCUAUCAGGCAGCGUUUGACAUCAGCAAGAGCGAGAUGCAGCCCACACACCCCAUCCGUCUGGGCCUGGCCCUCAACUUCUCAGUCUUCUUCUACGAAAUCCUCAACUCUCCUGAGCAAGCCUGUCAGCUGGCCAAAUCGGCUUUCGACGAGGCAAUUGCAGAGCUCGACACGCUGAAUGAGGAUUCGUAUAAAGAUAGCACUCUGAUCAUGCAGUUGCUGAGGGACAACUUGACACUGUGGACAUCAGACGCCCAUGGGGAUGGUGACGAUAACGAGGACCGUCGGGACAACUGAUUGGCGGCCGCCUCUCCAGUCCGCUCUACCUGUCAGUCAUCCCAGCUCAUCUUCAGCACUGAGACCACCUCCGUGACCUGCUUCUUUCUUUCACACUCUCACCAGCCUCUGUCUCGACUUUCUGUGUGUGCAGGGUGGUUGGUGUAUUGGGCCUGUGCGUACUUGAGGGGUUAUAAAGGGGGAGGGUGUAGGGCUGGUUGGGGAGGGGGGGCGGGCAGCAGGCAUAGCUAGCUUAUUGUAUAUGUACGUUCCGUAUAGGUGAAACAUUCUGAGUGUCUGGCAUGUGUAGUUCAGUGGGUGGGUCGUGGUGCAACCAGGGUACGGAGAUGAGCCUGGAAGUAGGAGACAGGCAGGAAGAGCAUCGAGUGAGAUGGAUGCUGUGGGCAGGAAAAAUGACAUUCCAUUUUAUUGAAGUCUGCUCUUCUUAGGUGACCCUCAAGUGACUUUUUAAGAUUUGUGUAAUAAUUUACGAGAUUAAAAAACAAGUAACAAAGCAAGCAGGCAAUGGGCUUUGAUGCUGCAUCUUAAUGUGUAUCAAGCAGAGCAGUGAAAUAGCAACUCCUCUUUCCUAUUAGGGUUUUUAAUCGCAUUCUCCUUUAUCUCCUAUUUUGAUACUUGCUUGUCGCAUGUGACCAAGAGAAUUUCAUGGGAGGAGAGGGACCUUGCUGUCGGGGGUGGCUAUCUUUCAUGUCUUCGGAAAUUUCACCCAAGUAUAAUUGUUGUUUGGAGGGGAAAUGUCAUUUCAUGUAAGUGGAAUAAAAUACUUUAAAAUGUC